CGCGCUAUGGCAUAAAAUACCGACGGCUCGCUCGGCUCUUUGACCAAAAGAAAGGAAGGGUAGGAAAGCCAAGCCACAAAACUUGCAGGAAAACCCAAACAAAAAAAAACCUGAAGCCACUUUCUUAAGAGCUCCGGUGCUUUCGGUCUCUUCCCGCCUUGCCUCCGCGUCCCCUUGGAAAGGGAAUCCGGGGGGGCAGAAGAGAGCCGUGGAGCCGGAGAUCCAUUUCUCCAUGCAAGCAGCCAGAGGGCAUCAGAGGAGCCAGGCAAGAAGAGAAGCGAUUCCCGGGCGAAGUGGGCGGUUCCCCCUUUCCUAAGCCGAGCGGAAGAGCUCUUAUCGCUCCCCCACCGGCGCCCGGAGCAGAGAGCCACGCUGCCCUGUCGAAAAGGCAACGAGGCCGGAGGAACAGCCACCAGGCGCGGGGAAGAGAGCGCUUCGGUCUCCCUGCUGGAGCACCAGAACAGGGCGGGGUUGGCGACCCUGGCCAUGGCGGCGAUCCGCAAGAAGCUGGUGGUGGUGGGCGACGGGGCUUGCGGGAAGACGUGCCUGCUGAUCGUCUUCAGCAAAGACGAGUUCCCCGAAGUCUACGUGCCCACCGUCUUCGAGAACUACGUGGCCGACAUCGAGGUGGACGGCAAGCAGGUGGAGUUGGCCCUUUGGGACACGGCCGGCCAAGAAGACUACGACCGCUUGCGUCCCCUCUCCUACCCGGACACCGACGUGAUCCUCAUGUGCUUCUCGGUGGACAGCCCCGACUCCUUGGAGAACAUCCCGGAGAAAUGGGUGCCCGAGGUGAAGCACUUCUGCCCCAACGUGCCCAUCAUCCUGGUGGCCAACAAGAAAGACCUGCGCAACGACGAGCACGUUCGCAACGAGCUGGCCCGCAUGAAGCAGGAGCCCGUCCGCACCGAAGACGGCCGGGCCAUGGCCAUCCGCAUCCAAGCCUACGAUUACCUCGAGUGCUCGGCCAAGACCAAGGAAGGCGUGCGGGAGGUUUUCGAGACGGCCACCAGAGCGGCUUUGCAGAAGCGUUACGGCACCCAGAACGGUUGCAUCAAUUGUUGCAAGGUGCUAUAAUAUGCCGUGGACGCCCGGGGGGAGGGAGGAAGGAGGGGACGGGAGACGAGCGUCGAGGGACUCGGGGCUGACUCCUAAAACCCACCGGCAGAACAAGGACAAAAACAAAAAAAAAACACCCGGGGAGGGGGUCGGACCCGCACUCUUCGGGGGAGGGGUGGGUGGGAGAGAGCAAAAGCAGGCGGCCCGCUUGGACGUGGGGGAAGCACUGAUUUGCCCCCAGCCGGUUGAUGCAAACUCCCGUUCGUUGAUCUUGGCUCUCUUAAUACGCCUGUGGUUCCUCAUUCGCCAAGGACGGUCGUCGGACUCCCGCGAACCGAAGGCGCCGGAGGAAAAGAACUGGACUUGCCUAGCGGGGUGUCGCGCCUAGAUCUCCCGUGGCAAAACUGCAGGAGGAGAUCGGAAGAGUGUAGCUGCGCCCGCUCCUGCCUUGCUCUUCCCUUGGAAGGAGACUGGUGGACGGGAUCUGCCUAGAUCGGGAUCCUUUCCCCCCCACCCCACCCCAACUCCCUUGCACUGAAUCGGUGUUUUCCUUCAAGCUGGGAAGAGAAGUUCCUGCAUUGAGAAACGCUGAGUGGGAGGGAGGGAGGGAGGGGCAUCUGCCGAGUGUACAUAGCCAAUUGUUUGAAUUGGGGCAAGGAAAAGAUGGGGCUUGUUUUAACACUGGACUGGGACCUUGCUCUCUUUGAGACUGAUUUUAAUUUUUUGGGGGGGCGGGGGUGGGGUGGGGAGGUUGUUGAAUGGAUUGGGCUUCCUUCAUCUUAGCCCCCUCCACAAUGAAAAUAUUCUUUUUUCCUUCUUGAGAUAACCACUUCUCACAGAAGAAUGGUAUAAUUCUUGGGUUGCUUGGGGUGGGGGGGGGGAGGGAAUUCCCAAACUUCCCAGAGUCUGGUGCCUGCUGUCCUUGAUAUGGUUUGGAUGCCCUCCUUUCUGCCUUUUGCCCCCACCCCACCCAUCCCUUUAAUCCGAUUUCUAUUGCAAAAGAACCUAUUUUGCACAAUGAUGAGGGUGUUUAUUCGGACACCUUAAUGCACUUGUGAUGUGCAGUGUGACACACUGUACCAAUGCAAAAAAAAAAAAAAAACUUGCAUCAGAACCUCAUUUGGAGCACAGUCCAGCUAAGCACUUUCCAGGGGAAACACUUUUUAACAACCCCCCCCUCCUCUCUUGAAGUUGAGCCUUUGAAGAACUUUCACCAGAUAGCCAUCAAUGGGACUUUCAAAUGCUUCUCUCUCUUUUUUGACUGGGUCGUGCGCCUUUGUUUCUGUAUAACUGAUGACUUAUGUAAAGCCACUGUAAUAUCUGCUGGGUAUUUGUUGUUGCAUCAAGAAACGAGUGGAAACACUGUCUUUUUCUUUAAAAAAAAAAGAAUGUGUGACAUUUUUUGUCAUUUUUUUUUGUUUUUUGUUUUGCUUUUUCAGCACUAAGUGCCAUCUCUGGGUGCCAUCUCAAAACAGUAGUACGCUUAUUUUCACCCGCCAACUUCGAGUGGGGUGUGUGAAUAACCUGUGCUUCUCUGUUUCAGAGAGUUGAUUGAUUUAAUCCCCUUCCCCACUGACCAUUUUUAACGGUGGUACUAAGAGUUUUAUUAUUUAAAACCAACACACAAAACACUAUAUUGAUUUGGUUACAGAAAAGACAUGUGAAGUUUACUGAAAAUCAUCUAAGCUGUAUAUGCAGGACUUUUUUUGGUAAAGUAUUAAAAAGUUCUAUGACUACA